AUGCGUCUUUCCUACGGAAUAAUUUUUCUUUCGAUUGGCUUGGUAUUCGCAAAGUCUCGGUCGGUAACACGACAAAGUACCGUCGAUACACAAAGCACUAUCGAUACCAUCAAAGAAGUGACUAACCAAAUGGUCAAGAUGUCCGGUUUUAUCAGCACUAUUGUUAGCAGUGAGAACGCCACUGCAGAGCUCGACCAAGUUUUUGCAGAAGCUCAAACCCUUUCCGGUGAUCUCCUCGCUCAAAAGAAUAUUUUAUCAUUGGCUGCCGACCCAUCCGCUGGCACGAAAGUAUUCGACCAUAAUUCUGAAGCUACAGCCGGGCUCAAAGUUGUUCUCUCAAUUAUUGAACAAGAGCUCCAGACCGUAGCAAGAAAUGUUGAUUCAGUCACUGUUCAAUUUCCUAUACUUACAGGACAAUGGAACAUAACAGAAGUCCCCGAUGUAAUUUGCUUAGUUCAGGAUGCUAUCGAGAAGCAGGGGAUCCCAGGUGGUGACGUUGAAUUGUUCACACUACAUUCAGAGACCUUUGCUGUCAGCGCAAAGGGUCCCAAUUCAAAUGGGAUUCCAUUGCUCCAGAGUCACGUUACUAUCACUGUAGGCAAUAAUGUACCUGCUCCAACAAAGAUUUGA